CAUAACUGGGCAUCGUUCCAAUAUCCUCGCUCUCCGCAUCUCCCAUCACCAGUUCACCACCAUCGCACUAGCAGAUGGCUCGAUUCACUUUGCUAUCCGCGAUCUUGAUUCUGCUAUGCAGCGCCGCCGCAGCCCACGGCGUAUCAAGCUUCCUGGACUCCAAUCCUAUCAGGAUGGUUUCCGACGGUCUCCGUGAGUUGGAGGCCUCCGUUUUGAAGAUCGUCGGCAACACUCACCACGCAGUCCGAUUCGCCCGAUUCGCUCACAGGUUCGGGAAGAAGUACGAGGGCGAGGACGAAAUGAAGCUCCGUUUUGCGAUUUUCUCGGAGAAUCUUGAUUUGAUAAGAUCCACUAACAGAAAGGGAUUGUCUUACAAGCUCGCUGUUAACCAAUUCACUGAUUGGACAUGGGAGGAGUUUCAAACGCACAGACUGGGAGCUGCUCAGAACUGCUCUGCCACUUUAAAGGGCAAUCACGAGCUUACUGAUGUUGUCCUUCCCGAAAAGAAAGACUGGAGGGAGGAAGGCAUUGUCAGCCCAGUCAAAGACCAAGGCCACUGUGGAUCUUGCUGGACAUUUAGCACUACUGGAGCUCUUGAGGCAGCCUACAAUCAGGCAUUUGGAAAGGAAAUCUCUCUUUCUGAGCAGCAGCUUGUGGACUGUGCACGAGCCUUCAAUAAUUUUGGCUGCAGUGGGGGAUUACCAUCCCAAGCUUUCGAAUACAUCAAAUAUAAUGGUGGCCUUGAAACUGAGGCGGCAUAUCCUUACACCGGAAAGGAUGGUAUCUGCAAAUUUUCAUCUGAUAAUGUUGCGAUCCAAGUCUUGAACUCAGUCAAUAUUACCCUGGGUGCUGAAGAUGAAUUGAAGCACGCUGUUGCUCUUGUUCGGCCAGUGAGUGUGGCAUUCCAAGUAAUAAGUGAGUUCCGGCAUUACAAGGAAGGCGUUUUCACCAGUGACUCUUGUGGCACGACUCCUAUGGAUGUGAACCAUGCUGUUGUUGCUGUUGGAUAUGGAGUCGAAGACGGUGUGCCAUAUUGGCUCAUCAAGAAUUCGUGGGGAGCAGAUUGGGGUGACAAUGGCUACUUUAAGAUGGAGUUGGGGAAAAACAUGUGUGGUAUUGCAACUUGUGCAUCAUACCCUAUUGUUGCCUGAUAUGAUCAAGGAGAAAUGGCAGUAUCUAUUGGCGAGCUGUUAUGACUUUUGAUUUCCUUCUCAUCUUGAUUGCAUCUAGAAUGUAGUGGUGCAUGUAGCAAUUACUAUGGCAGUGGCUCAAUGUACAAAAUAAGCUCUAGACCAAAUGCCCUUGAAGUUAUUUGUAUUACCACAAAGACCUUGUGAAUAAUGUAUGUUCAUCUUUAUGAAUAUUGUAAUUUGUUGCAUUAUGCUUCUAGACUUUAAGAAAUGGAUCCAGAGUAUUGUCUCUCGAGAAAAAAA